CUGUAUACAUACAUGUUGCUAGGUUGAAAAGUAGUACACGGUAUAUAAUCGUGUUAUAACGGACGGGUUAAUAUCAGAAAAUAAUGAGUACGGACGCUGUUAAACACCCGUAUUUCCCGCGGGACACCUAUCUUCCACAUUAUAAACCUAAUAUUAACACCAUAAGUGAACUCCUGGGAUUAUUCUUUGGAUUAGUUGCUGUCUUAAUCGUCAUUUUGUGGUUAUCGACAAAACGAAAAUCAACCGGUGUUAGGAUAAAAAUCUGCUGGUUUGUUUCAUGCGGAUUUAUACAUACUAUUUUGGAAGGCUACUUUGGCGUCUACCAUGCAACACUCGCUGGGGAGCAGACAUUCUUAGCUCAAAUGUGGAAAGAGUAUGGUAAAGGAGAUAGCAGAUAUAUUUCGGGCGACGUAUGUAUGGUUGCUAUGGAGUCCAUCACGGCCUUCGUCGACGGACCAUUGUGUUUCCUAACAGCCGCUGCAUUUAUGUUCCAGCAAGGUGCCAGAUACCGAUUUGUUCUGCAGUUGGCCGUAUCUAUAUGCCAGUUGUACGGGGACACCUUGUACUUCUCAACGGAGAUUCUCGAAGGGUUUAAACAUAGUGAAAUGUGGCAUCCACUACAUUUCUGGUUUUAUUUCUUCUUUUUAAAUAUUCUGUGGAUUAUAAUACCUAGCAUAAACAUUUUAGACGCAUUUAUAUCUCUAUGCCGUGCCCAGGAAACGGCCGAUAAAGCGAAUCCACAGAAGAGAAAUAAAACAAAGAAAGUUAAAUAAAUUUAAAAUACAAGAGUCUAAGACCAGUAAUGGACUUUCUUUCUUGUAGGCCUAAAUCAAAAGAGAAAAAUAAUAAUUAACUAUUAAAUCAGGACUUUUCUAGUUCAUGUAUAAAUAUUAAAUCUAAAUCUAUUUAAAAACAUAAUCAGUUGAGUAGGAAUAGUAGUUCAUAUAGAAUAUAAGGCGGCCGCAUCGGACAAGUCAGCACAUAGAGUAUCAAAUAUGGAUCACAAAACAUUUUGUAGGGAUACCAUUGCGUCAAUAAGACAUACUCGCAAAACAAUGUUAUACAUUUUACAACUGUUUGGCUGACUGACUUGUCAUAACACUAUGGUCAGGUGCAUGUAGUGUUGUAUGAACGUGGAGUAAUUUCCAGAAUUCCAGCAGAAGCGAGACUAUCAACAUGUUGUUCUCACAUCUACCUCUUUGUUAUUUUUACACAUACAAACGUAACUGGAAUUUAUUUAUUUGUCAAAUAUAGAAUGUAACCUCUUGAUAGAAAUAAAAUCAUGGCAAAACUAUAAUGCCAAAACUUUAA